GUUUUGAGCCGUCAGCGCCUCGCUCAGCCCAGCACGGCCACAUGGAUUCGCGCACAUGAUUCGGCCACAUGGACGGAGCCCGAGACGCAGCUUUGCUGCGCACGGCGGUGGUUCAGCUCAGCCACCAGCGUGGCUUUGCCUUUGCAGACGAAGCCGCCUUGGAUGGCUUGACGGCCGCUGCGGCCUUGUACCUGCAGGACAUUGGCUGGCGGUCUCAGAGGCUCGCAGAGCUGGCAGGUCGUUGCAAGGUGGACGUCUCAGACGUGCGGGAGGCCAUGGAGGCAGGUGAUGAGAUUGAAGAAGAGGAUGAUGAUGAGGAGGAGGACACAAAGUUAGAAGUCCUCUUCGGAAAGAAGAAGGCUGAAGAGGAAGACUUGCCCUUCACGGCGGUGCCGGUCAAUGCUCUUCCGGCUCCGAGAACGCCGGCUCCGCCUGAGAAAGGCUCCAAGAAGUCCUUGCGGAUCAGGAAGCCAUCCAAGUUCGUACCGUUCGGCUGGGCGGUGCAACGGAGAGGAGCGGCAGCGGCAAAUCAAGCAGCGGAGCUGCUUCUUCCACCCAAGGUCGAGCCCAAGAAGGAGAAGACGGAGGAGAAGUUGGAGGAGAAGUUGGAGGAGGUCAAGGAGAAAGAGGAGAGUGAGAAAGAGGAGAGUGAGAUGGAGGAGAAAGAAGAGGGAGAAGAGGAAGAAGAGGGAGAAGAAGGAGAAGAGGAAGAAGAGGGGGAGGACAACGAUGAUGACCCUACCUACUCUGAGUGAGUCCACCCAAGAAGGGGGACUAGCUGAGGGAAGAGGCCGAACAAAAAGCAACGCAUGAGACUGGACCGCAGACUUCAAGUAAUAGCCAAGGGCUAGAUUGAGAUGAUCAGGCAGGCAAGAACUAC